GCUGCCGGCAGUUUGGAGGCUCGGAGCUCCUGCAUUCAGCUUCCUGUUUGGCUUACACACAUUGUGUUCCAGCGCCCUCUGGUGGUUUGUUGCUGAACAACAAUGAUUAAAGUUUGUUCAAACCUGGCGUCUGACGUCAGUUUGGGCGCCAAAUUUGAAUAUAUAAAGCCUCCAGUCCUUCCAGGCUGUGCUGUUGCAGCCUUGGGUUGGUUACUGAGGCAGACUACUUUAGUCACCAGCUUUCCUGUGUCUGAUAAUGUCCUCUGCCGGUGAUGGGGAUCGGACUGGGCGCAAGACGUCAUCCAAGCGCAAGCAUUUGGCGUGUAGGGAUUGUGACACCCCUCUAGCGGACUCCUAUGAAUUUAAUAGGUGUCCCUCUUGCCGUCCUCCUCCUCCUCUGCCUCCUGAUACGGAGCCUACCAUACGGGACGUAGUAGUCUGGGUAAAGGACUUUGUGGAGUCCUCAAUGAACACCCUAAGGGAUUCCGUGUCAUCCAGAAGACCCAGUGUCCGAUCUCCUCUGAGACCCACUCCUAUGCAGGAGGAAGUCUACCAUACCGUGGACGAAGUCCAUUCCUCUGAGUCUAGCGGGGAGGAAGAAGAGGCUGGAAGAGCUCCUGCGACUGUCAAGGCCUACGCCAGGGUAAAGCGCAUUUUUCUUCUAUGGUGUGCAUCUCAUCAAGUACCAUCUCAGGAUCCUCCAGUAUCAGCUAUUCUUCAGUUCAUGCAGGAUGGACUAGAUAAGGGCCUCAGCCCUUCUACACUCAAGGUACAGAUCUCUGCUCUGUCAGCCGCCUUUGGCAGAUCUUUACAUCAAGACCCUCUGAUUAAGAGGUUCCUUAAAGGAGCCGUACGUCUUAAGCCUAGCAUUUCAAGACCUAUACCGCAGUGGGAUCUCUCAGUGGUGCUUAAAGGGUUGAGUGGUCCUCCCUUUGAACCCUUGGAAGAAGUGGACUUUAAGUUUUUAUCCUGGAAGGUAACCUUUUUGUUGGCCGUAACUUCGGCCAAACGCAUUUCAGAGCUUCAGGCUUUUUCGGCAUAUGAGCCAUACACUUUAUUUUUACCGGACAGAGUCCUUUUACGUUUUUUACCCACCUUUUUGCCUAAGGUGCCCUCUGUGCACAACAUUAAUCAAGUUGUGUCUUUGCCUGUGUUAUGUUCCUCUUCUUCCUCUGCAGAAGAAACUUCCCUCCAUACUCUGGAUGUGGCCAGAUGUUUGAGAAUCUACAUUGAGAGAUCCCGGGAGUUCAGAAGGUCAGAGAAUCUUCUUAUCCUGUUCUUUGGCAGGAAUAAAGGGAAGAAGGCCUCUAAGCCUACUCUAAGUAGAUGGAUCAGAGAGGCCAUCAGAGAAUCUUUCGCUUCCCAGAAUAGACCUCCUCCUGCCUUUGUCACUGCUCACUCCACCCGAGCAGUCUCUACUAGUUGGGCCGAAAGGUCUCUUAUUCCUCUGGAACAGAUCUGUUCCGCGGCCUCCUGGAGCUCACAUUCUACCUUUGUGAGCCAUUAUAGACUCAACCUCAGGGGAUCAGAAGACACUGCCUUUGGGCGGUCUGUUUUGAAUUCCAUUCAGCAUUGAAGUCCCUACCCUUUAGGCUAACUUCUUGCUAAGUCCCCACAUGUGCUGCUGGUUAGGACGUAAGGGAAGCGUUAAUUUCUUAACGUUAAUUUGUUUUCCCUUAGUCCUAACAGCAGCACACAAAUAUCCCUCCCUUUGUUU